ACACAGCAGGCGCUCAAGUGUUGGUGCAGGUUCCCGUCGAGACCCUCUCCGGCCACUGGGGGUUGGGGCCGGGAAGUAUCCGGAGGGCAGAAGGCAACUUGGGCCGUCCCGAGAUCUCGUGCGGACGCGGGACGUGUAAGGCCACGGGCGCUGGGAGGGCGUCGCAUCCCCUCCCCUGCCUCGCCCUCCUUCCUCCUCUUCCUCCUGGGCGGGGUUCCCGGAACCCGCCGGGGCGUGGCGAAGAAGCGGGUGGCCGCGCGGGUCCCUGGAGCUGCGGCUGCACCUCGACCCUGGUGCUUCCGUCCGUUUGUCCAUCCGUCUGUCUGCCCAGCCAUGGCCACGCUAGCCCCCACGGCACGGAUCCUGUUGCUGCUCCUGCUGCUGCUGCUGCCGCCUCCGGGUGCCCAGGAUGAAGUGUGUAUAGCUCCCAGUGGAUACAACCUCUUCCCCAAGUCCUGUCCUGAUUUCUGCUGUGGCACCUGUUACAGCCAGUACUGCUGCUCUGAUGUGCUGAAGAAAUUUGUGUGGAACCAGGAAGGGUGUGCUGAUUUUGAAAGCAGUUUUGACAGUAUCAGGGACAACGCAGACCAUGUGCGCGAGCUGGCCGAGUCGCUGAAGUUCCGCUCCGACAUAGACAGCGACCCCAUGUCAGGGUUCGGGGCGACUGUGGCCGUUGGCCUGACCGUCUUUGUGCUGUUUGUUGUCACCAUCAUCGUCUGCUUCACCUGCUCCUGCUGCUGUUUGUACAAGAUGUGCCGCCGGCCACGCCCGGUCGUGACCACCACCACGUCCACCACCGUGGUGCACGCCCCUUACCCUCAGCCUCCAAGUGUGCCACCCAGCUACCCUGGGCCGUCGUACCAGGGCUACCACCCCAUGCCCCCCCAGCCAGGGCUGGCGGCAGGACCCUACCCGACACAGUACCCACCACCCUACCCGGCCCAGCCCAUGGGCCCGCCUGCCUACCACGAGACAUUGUCUGGAGGUGCAGCCAUGCCCUACUCUGCCAGCCAGCCUCCUUACAACCCAGCCUAUAUGGACCCCCCGAAGGCCGCCCACUGAGAAUGGCCCUGCAUCUCUGGCUGCCACUUGAUACUCUGUGUGUAUGUGCGUGUGAUUGGGGAUGCGGGCAUGGUCUUUUUCUCCCGUGCAGGAUGUGUGCGUGUCCUGUUUGUACAUAAGGCUUCUGGUGGUGCUGACAGGUGGGACAGUCCGUACCAGUUACUGGGACCAUACCUUUUUCUCUUCCUCACUUGAAAUUAUGCUUCCUUGAAAUCUCAAGCAAAUUCAAAGCAUGAGGUGGGAGUUCUUUUCCAGACCACCCCAGGGAGACCAGGUGGGGCUUGUCACAUUAGGAUCGCACUGCUUUUUUCUGGGCAAGAUACACGCAUGUUCUGGUUUCAGCGGGAUGGCUGGCCGCUGCUCGAGGCCACAGCUUGUCCCCAGGCUGUGUGCUUCCCUUCGAAGAACCAGAGCUGUGAUUCAGGCAAGUGGGUGAGGUUUGGGACCUGUCUAAGUUGGGUUUUGAUCCCAUAGCCCCUGGAGCCUGUGCCAUGGCCAGUGGAGGGUGGGCAGCCUUUUGAUAUCCAAACACCUAAGGCAGAGCCCCACCCACCCUGACAGCUGUCUGCCUGGACUGUUCCUGCAACUUCCCAGGGACCACCUGGAGGACCACUUCCACCCACGGUUCUGGGUACCCUGGCUGGCCCCGGCCCCCGCCAGCGGUGGGCAGGGUAGCCUCUGUCCACCUACCUACACACUCAGGUGUCCUUCCUGCCGUGUUUUUGUUUUACUUUUAGCCAAACAUUUGGCCUGUUUUCUGUUUCAAAAUGUGAUCGUUUCUAUGAGGCUGAAACCCCUGGGUCCCGGCAGAGAGGGACCCCGACCUCUGUAGCCCCUGCUUUCCCCACACCAGCCCCACAGAAUAUCCAGGUCCUGUACCCCCGGCCACAGUUUGUCCUGGCCGUGGGGACACCUGGGCCAGUGGACUGUCUGGAGCAAAGGGACCAAAGUGGAGGGGGCCUUGGGUGGCUGUGGGCCCGGACAUGAAUACCUCGGGGUUCCCUGUCCCUGUUUCUGUCUCACCAUCUGUCUUAGCUUUGUGCCUGUUGAUAUGUUUCUGAGAGUCGGGGUCUGCACCCUUGUUUAUAAUAAACGCGGACAUUUGGAA